UAAUCAAGGCCAAGCGGAAAUCCAAACUCCAAGAAACCAUUCAGUCUUUGGAAAUCCGUAUAAAUUAUAAAAUGUGGCUUCCUGUGCUUUCCAUCUCUUUCUUCUUAUCUCUAUCGUUUGCCUUUCUUUCUUACCAAGUAGACGCCUUUAGCCAACUCACCAGACAGUAUAACCGCCUUCCAAUCCCAUCUGCAGUCGGCCCCGAGAGCUUCGCCUUUGACUGCAACGGAGAAGGCCCCUACACGGGCGUGUCCGGCGGUCGGAUCCUCAAGUGGCAAGGCGCUGCGCGCGGUUGGGCCGAGUUCGCAUCCACCUCGCCCCCUAGAGACAUCUGUUUUAAUGGCGCAAAUGACCCUGAAACGGAGUUAGUAUGUGGGAGGCCACUGGGAUUGCAGUUCAACAAGGCAACAUGCGAGCUUUACAUUGCAGACUCGUCUUUUGGCCUCAUGGUGGUCGGACGCGAUGGUGGGGUGGCCAAACUCCUUGCUAACAGUGCAGAAGGGGUGCCCUUUAGGUUCACCAACGCCUUGGAUUUUGAUCAGGACAAUGGCAUAGUUUAUUUUACAGACAGCAGCAUUUGGAUCCCAAGAUGGGAGUUCUUGAUAGAGGCGCUUAGUGGUGACGAGACAGGAAGACUGAUGAAAUAUGAUCCAAAGACUGAAAAACUGACUGUGUUGUGGAGAGGGCUUUCGUUUCCAAAUGGAGCAGCACUGAGUAAAGAUAACAGCUUCAUCCUCAUCGCCGAGACCAGCAAAGCUCGAAUUCUGAGAUAUUGGCUUCGAGGUCCCAAAGCCCAAACCCUGGAGUUUUUCCUGCAGCUCCCCGGGUUCCCAGAUAACGUUAAAAGCAAUGGUAGAGGAGAGUUUUGGGUAGCUUUGAACCCUGGAAAACCAAGUAUGGGAGCUACGUUCCAACCUAGGUUUGAUGGCGAGAUCGUAGCCCUUAGGUUUGAUGAGGAGGGCAACAUUCUGGAGGUAUUAAACAGUAGGACUGGUACGAGUACCCUAACACUCGUCAGCGAAGUAGAAGAGAACAACGGGAAUUUGUGGAUUGGGUCGGUGGUUUUGCCCUAUGUUAGUUUAUCUAAGGUGUAGCUAGAAUCAAUUAAUCUGGAUUCUUCUGGAAUUUUAAUUUCUGUUCAACAAGGUCUAUAGAAAUUCGAUGGAUGUCUGCUAGCUAGGAAUCACCAUUUAUUAAUGUGUAUUUGUUGAAGUUAUUACGUUCAUUACGUACGUUGGGUUUCUGCAUGAAGAUAUUGUCAAUUGAAGUAUGUAUUGGCAUCUUGCCUACCAAUAAGAGAAAUAAAA